AGUAUACAGAUCAUUAUAAAACGUUUAAAGAACGAUAAAUAAAUUUGACAAGCUUCCCUAAUUAAUCAUGGUUACACGAAAACAUUUUGGUUCCUAAUUUCAACUUUCCCUUCCUUAGAAGGCUCUUCAUAAUUGUUUGUCUUUGACUUCACAGUGAACAGUUUGCCUAAAGUCCGCUGUAGUUCUCUGUGAAGUCAAUAAUAACAACUAUGUUCAAAAAACAGAUGGGAUUCUCGGCAAUUUUGCAUUUUGAAUUGUUAGUAAUUCAGACAGGAAAUGUGAGAUAGUUCAUAUAAAGUUCAUUUGUCCAAACGGGUCUCGAGCAACCCACUCACUUGUUGGUGCAGGUGGAUCUCGUAGAGGCUCUUUCACAUUUGUUAUCCAAAUUACUAGCAAUCCGAGCAAAAAAUUGCUUGGGAUCCGAAUCCAUUGAAAAUGACCAUACAUGACCUACAUAUCUUUAAUUAUAGGCACCAUAUCUUUAACUCUAAGUUUUGAAGAAAAGAAAAAAUCUUCAACUCUUGGCAUGGUCUGCCUUAGAACAGUCUAUUUGAAAGAUACUUGAUCAUCAAUUAUUGAAGAUACAGUCUGCUUAUCCACUCCCUAAGAUAUUAAAGUAUUUCUAAGAGUCCUUGAAUCACCAGUUGGACACAGCCAUUUCACCCCAUUGGUUGCCACAUUCCCUGGCUAUAUUAUAGAAAGGGUAUAAGAGUUAGCCUGGCUUGAUCAACCAAGUCAAACAGCAUUCCUUUUUUCUCAGUCCCAUCAAUUUAUAUUAUACUAACGUGAAAGGUUCCUUUCGUAUCUUAAUUUUUAUUAAUUAAAGAAGAUUGAGUGAGUUAGAAACUGAUAUGAUAUAUGUGAAAGUCAAAGCCAUAGAAUUGGUCCUAAUUCUACGAUCCCCUUGGUUGGAUUGAACUCGAGGAAGAAGCUUUAGAGGGAAGCAUUAUCAAGACCAAGACCCCAAUAUAAACCACAGCAGCAGAAGAAAAAGAAUGUGAAACCUGAAAGGCUAGAAAGAGAAUUCAUGAAGGAAAGUACAUUGGAUUUGCUGAGCAAUUUACCAGAAGAGAUCCUUUGCCGCAUCAUUGCCUUUCUCCCCUCUGAAUCUGCACUAGAGACCAGCUUCCUUUCUACUCGAUGGAGAGGCCUAUGGAACACAACUUCAGUGCAACAUGGAACAAUAGAAGCUGCCGCCAAUGCAAUUUCUGGAUUCUUAACUCAUUUUGAUAAGCUUGAUCCAUUAAGGCAACCCCGGAAGCUUCAAUAUCACUUUGGCAAAGAUAGUAUCCUCCUAGCUACCAUUGCAGCUAAUAAUAAACUGCACGUGGAUUUCUCUAGUGGGAAGCAAGAAUUUCCAAAGCUGUUUGAUUGGCCGUUGGAGCUGAAGCACCAAAACGUUACCCACCAGCCAAGUCCCUCUACAUUCUUUGUUAAAACUCUUUAUCUUAAAUCAGUAAGUUCUCUUACCAAUGAGGCAGUGUCCUCUAUAGUUCCCAAUUUUCAGUUUCUUGAAAACUUGAAAAUCAUUGAAUGCAAUGGAUUACAAGCUUUAGAAAUUGAUAGCAGUCCAAAGCUUAAAAGCUUAACCAUCCUUGAUUGUCUGCAAUUGAAAUAUUUCCAUAUUAGAUGUUUGAAACUUCGAUCUUUCCGGUAUCGAGGUCUUCUCCCUUGGCUUUGGCCCGAAUAUCAUUUUAACCUGACAGAUGCCAUGCUAGAUUUCAGACGAGGCCCUGGCAACAUUGGCUUCAAGAGUUGUGAUUUUAACCCAACUCUGUUAACGAUCAAAAACGCCGAAAUUCUUACCCUAUGCAAAUGGACUUUUGAGGCACUGAUUUGGCCAUCGAUUUCCUAUUUUCAUUCAAACUUCCAGUUCUACAAAUUGAAAAGGCUAUGGUGGAUUGAUAAUUCAACACAAGGGUAUAACAGUGAGGCCUUAAUCUCCUUCCUGAAACUGUGUCCUGCCUUAGAGCAACUUUUUGUCACUAUUGACCCUAAGAGCUACUGCAUGCCAAGCACUGCUACAUACUCAAAGAACGUCAUUAGGCAUUCAGAACAUGGACAUCUCAAAGUGGUUAAAUUGGAGGGAUUUACAAAUAAAGAGGAUGAGAUCUCAUUGGCAGAGCAUUUGACAAAGGUAGGUGCCCUAGAGCCACUAAUCAUAGCAACAUCAGAUGGGAUUUGCUUGCGGAGUUUGGAGAAGGUUCCUCUGUAUCAGCCAAAGCAGCAAUGUUGGAGCAACUUGGAAAAUGUGGCAUCCUGGUCACAGGACAGGAAGCAUACCUAUAAGUUUGUUGAAGUAACAGGAGAUAUCAGUGAGGUAUGCCCUAAACAUGCUCACAUGGGUCCAUAGAUGUAACCAAGUCUUCAAAAUCUUGUUUCUUCCAUAUCUGAUAUUUACUUGCUUCUCGGGCACUCAAAUGGUGAAGUGCCGUGCACUUUCAAUUGUAUCUAUAUCUCUACUGUUUGUUUUGCCAGCAGAAAUAUGAUGGCCAAUAAGGUUCCUGCAUAGGAAGGAAGUUGAA